AUGGCGAAGAACAUCACUUCUGCCGGUCCUCAGCUUCCGGUGAUUAUUAUAGGCGCUGGAAUUUCGGGACUACUCCUCGCCCAGCACCUUCUGCGCCAGGGCAUUCGCUUCCGAAUAUUCGAGCGCGACAAUGACUUCGCAACCCGCGGUGUCGGCUGGGGUCUGACUUUGCAUUGGGCGCUGUCGGCCGCGCGCGAGCUCCUGGGUGAGGAGGCAUUCGCCAAGCUCGAAGAAACCUACGUGGAUCGGAAAGGUGUCGAAGCUGGAUUGUCGUCGCGGUUUCCCUUCUACGAUCUGAGCACGGGGGAGAGGAAGGCGGCAACGCCAGAGAUCCCGCACGCACUGAGGGUGCGCGUGACCAGGGAAAAGCUUCGCAAGCUCCUUGCUACGGGGAUAGACAUCGAGUGGGGCAGGUCCUUCCGUGACCUUUACGAGACCAGCGACCCAAACACUGGCACAUCGUCCGUCACGGUUUCGUUCGAGGACGGCACAACUUGCGUCGGCAGUCUUUUAGUUGCCUGUGAUGGAGGCAGCUCUCGUGUCCGCCGGGCAAUGGAGCCGGCGCUUGACCAGCAGCAUCGGGUAAAGAUCCCAGUGCGCGUCAUGGGCCUGAAACUGGACUUGUCACCAGAGCAGAUUGCGCCGUUGCGGAAACUCGACCCCUUCUUCCUCCAGGGAUGCUCGUCAGCAAACGACAGCUUUCUGUUUUGUAGCGUUCUCGACGCCCCAGGGAACAGCGCAGACGGCUCAGGCCCGUAUGUGUUGCAGAUCUGCGUCUCCUGGCCAUAUAGAAAGGGCUUUCUUGGCAUGGUAUCUCCUCUCGACGUACCCGAGUCCAAUCAAGACCGGCACCGACUGGUUCAGAAGCUUGCUCAAACAUGGGCCGAGCCCUUCCGCUCCAUCUUCCAGGGCAUUCCUGAUGAUACUGAGAUCAAGCACGUCGAUAUGCAGGACUGGGCUCCGCCUUACGGAUUCCGCUCCACAGGCUCGGUAUUGCUCAUGGGCGACGCACUUCAUCACAUGGUCAUGUAUCGCGGAGAAGGUGCCAAUCACGCCAUUGUUGACGUCCAAGACUUUGCUCGUCUUGUAACACCUUUCCUUUGCAACGACGCCAGUCAACCACAGAACGAAAGCUCUGGUAGUGACGCCACAUACGACUCACAAUUUCAGGGAACGAGAGGGCAGGACCGGGAUCGAAGCCUGCGGCAGGCAUUAGACCGGUAUGAGGCGGCAGCGGUAGACAGGGCCCGGCCUGGGGUGUUGGCAUCCCGACGAGCCUGCUUGGAUGCUCACGACUGGACUCGAUGUCGGCCUGAGAGCCCACUACUUUGCAAGCGUCAGAUGAACAUCUCAUACGACGAGGAGAAUGACAGGAUACUCUUCGAGUAG